CCUUAUCGCAACCUCCUCCUUCGUAGAAGCUGUUAAAAAGAAACUAUUUUUUAAAAAAAAUCGAAUAAAUACGCGGCUAUUAAAUAGGAGUGACCGCUUCUUCAUUGGCUGUCAUAGACGAAAGCAAGAGAAAAGAAAACGCUUCUUCUUCUUCUUCUUCUUCUUGAGAGAGUAAGGAAAAAAGGAGUGAUGGCGGAGGAAGGGGAUCGGACGGAGGCCGUGGCGGCAGGGGAGAUGGAGUACGAGGACUUGAUGCCGACGAUGGCGGAGAAGCUGGAGGCGGAUGAGUUCGUGAGGGAGCUGUGCGGGGGGUUCCGGCUGCUGGCGGACCCGGGGAGGGGGCUGAUCACGGCGGAGAGCCUGCGGCUGAACGCGGCGGCGCUGGGGAUGGCGGGGAUGACGGCGGAGGACGCGGCGGCGAUGGUGAGGGAGGGGGAUCUUGAUGGAGACGGGGCGCUCAACCAGACGGAGUUCUGCAUCCUGAUGGUGCGGCUCAGCCCCGGGAUGAUGGAGGACGCGGAGGCCUGGCUCGAGAAGGCCAUCGCCAGGGAGCUCGCCAAACCCUCUUCGAUUUGAUUUAAUUAGUUUAAUUUAAUUUAAUUUAAUUGUCUAAUGUGGACAUGGAAAUCGAAGAUGGUGACGAGAUUGGCAUGGCUAAUCGCGUCCCUUGCCUUGCAUAUGUUUCCAUUGUAAUGAUACUUGGUAUUGGAUAGAGUAUAUUGUUUUCAGACACUAUUUCACUUUUUUUCUCAUAUUUAUUUAUUUAUCAUUUUCAAGA